AUGAAGAGAAAGCAAGUGACGUUUAGUGAAAAACAACCCACCACAGAAGUCGAAUCGGAAACUGCAAAGGAAUCAGAGAAGCCAAUUGAAGAGGCCGUGGCAAAGCAACCACAACCAAUAGUUGCGAAGCCACCACCUCCAUUCCCUCAGAGAUUGCAGAAAGUGAAAGAUAAUGCAGCGUACAAGAAGUUCCUUGAUAUUUUGAAACAGGUGCAGAUAAACAUCCCAUUGGUGGUCAUUUUUCAAGAAGUGACAAAGUAUGCAAAGUACAUCAAGGAAAUUGUGGCACACAAGCGCAAACUAACUGAGUCCGAGACUGUAGCACUCAGUGAGGAGUGUAGUUCCAAAAUUCAGAAGAAAUUGCCUCCUAAAUUGAAGGCCCCAGGAAGCUUCACAAUUCAAAUUUCAAUUGGGAAACAUGUGCAAUUGGCAGAUAGAUCAUUAGCCAGCCCCAAGGGCGUCAUUGAAGAUGUGCUGGUCCAAGUGGGCACAUUUAUAUUCCCAGUUGAUUUUGUCAUCCUGGAUUACGAGCUUGAUCAGGAAGUCCCAUUUAUUUUGGGACGACCAUUUCUAGCCACAUGCCGCACAAUUAUUGAUGUAUGUGAAGGACAAAUGACCAUGCGAGUGGGCACAACACCAUACUUGGUAUAUGAAGAUUCUUUGGGAAGAGCUUUAGUUGAUGAAGAAGAGGAGGAGGAUGACCUGGUGGAAGAAAUUGUACAAGUUUUGAACAUGACAUGCCAGUAUGUCAAUGGGUUGAAAAGAUUUGAGGAAAUCGAUAGGCCAUUGACAUUGACACUACCUAAGCCAUCGAUUGAGGAGUGCGUGCCGAAAAAGGGAGGCAUGACAGUUGUGGCAAAUGAGCAAAAUGAGUUGAUACAUACCAAAGUGGUGACGGGCUGUAGGGUAUGUAUUGAUUACAGGAAACUCAACAAGGGUACGCGCAAGGACCACUUCCCUCUUCCUUUCAUUGAUCAGAUGUUGGACAGGCUAGCCGAGCAUGAAUUUUAUUGCUUUCCUGAUGGUUCCUCCGAUUAUAACCAGACAGUGAUAGCAACAGAGGAUCAGGAAAAGACUACAUUUACUUGCCCUAUGGCACCUUCGCCUUUAAAAGGAUGUCAUUCGGGUUAUGCAAUGCACCGAUGA